GGUUCAGUCUGAAGUUCUACCGGAAGUGAGCUGUUUUGACCAUAUAAAGCGAGCCUGACCAUAAAAGGAAGGCUGAUUUGUUUUAAAUGAGAUAAAGUAGUUCCAGUACAUGUGUGUAUCACAGCGCUCAUUAAGUCGCAGUUUAGCGGGAUCAGACCGUGCACAGGAGACAGCUUCAGUAAAAUGUGUUCAGGUUAAGGAAGCCGGGGAGGUUUUUUUUUUUUUGUUGUGGAACUACAUUUAAAGGCGGACGGGUAUGUGCGGAUGCUGCCGGUCAUUUCCUUAUGUGGAGCGGAGUGAUCUGGUAGGCGGGCCUCGCUGUUAGCUGCAGAAAACAACUUUAAAAGUCUUUAUGUUUUCGGUGAAUUCACGCAGGAAAUGUUGCGUGUUUUUCAGCGGUAGGAGCGAGUUGCGGGCCGGUAGGAGCUGCGGGCCGGUUGGACCGGGCCACAGGCCGCUGACCCCCGCAGGCCGGUGAAGAACAGCGGCUCUACUUGUUGAACGGUAGCCGAGCUGCUAGCGGCGCUGCCGGGCCUCACAGCUCCCAGACCCGGGCACCGCUGCCUGCCUGGGCCGGCCGGCAGGAGGAGGCUGCAGGCCCUGCCAGCACCAGAACACGGGCCCGGAAUGGGCACCAGAACCGAACCAGGGAGCACCGCCGGGACCGCYCCGAACAUCGACACCGAUGGAGGCCGACUGGAGGACCGGGAGUACAGCACCGAGGUGGCCUUCAGCGGCUCCGACCUGGACUCCGAGUCCGGGGACGAAGACGACACCGGAGGAUCUGGCGGGGACAAGAGGGGCGUGAAGCGGGAGAGGAGCGGCAGGGAGGACGGUCACCCAWCGGGACACUCCUCCGGAGGACUGAGCCGGGGGUACGGGGGGCUGAGCUCCGCUGUGUCCGGGGUCAGACCCGGGAAGAAGACCCGGGGCCGGGUCAAGAUCAAGAUGGAAUUCAUCGACAACAAACUGAGAAGGUACACUACGUUCAGCAAGAGGAAGACCGGCAUCAUGAAGAAGGCCUACGAGCUGUCCACGCUCACAGGUACGCAGGUGUUGCUGUUGGUAGCCAGUGAGACGGGUCACGUUUACACGUUUGCCACCAGGAAGCUGCAGCCUAUGAUCACGUCAGAGACCGGGAAGGCUCUGAUCCAGACCUGCCUGAACUCUCCGGACUCCCCGCCUCGCUCCGACCCGUCUUCUGACCAGAGGAUGAGCGCCACCGGCUUCGAAGAGACCGACCUCACCUACCAGGUGACGGAGACGGACGGCUGCCCGGAGGGCCCGAAGGACAUGAUCAAACCAACGUUCACCCUGGCAGCAACCACUCUUCCCUCCUCUUCCUCCUCCUCUUCUUCCUCCCUGGCCAUGCAGGUGCAGACCAGCGCCCCCUCCUGGCAGCCCUCCUCCUCCAAUGGGACGGUGUUAAAAACAUCAGCAGGUGUUGUACUUCCUGGAGGAAUCGCUUUGAUGUCAGGAACUGGAGUGUCUCAACAUGUGCAGACCAUCCAGGUUCAGCCCAGCUCCCAGCAGGCCUCCACCAAUCAGAGCAGCUCUGACAUUCACAGUCCCGCCUCCUCCUCAGCCAGUCUUCCAGUCUCUAUCGUGUCCUCCUCUUCGUGCUCUUCUUCCUCAGUGGCAGGUCACAUGAUGUACCCCGGCAGUCACACCGUGAUGUAUGCCACGCCCACAUCCUCACUGACUGACGGCAGCCUCACAGUCCUCAACACCUUCCCCCCAACAGGCCACGCCCAGUCACAUGACCCAG